AAGAAUAGUUUUCAGUGAUGGACAACAAAACCAGCAAGAUGGGUUGAUCUAUAGAGAGCUCAAGGAGUCAAAACCAUUCAUCUAAGUGGCAAUUAUCACAAUCCACAAGCCAUAGUAUAUGCCCUUUCUCGCUAAUGCGCCGCGAAGAGAAACGUCGUAAGUUCCAUGAAGCCCUGCUCAACACUCUUUAUCCACCAAAGCCAGAGCCCCAGGCGGAAGAUGAAAAAGAGCCUUUGAGCACUCCUGGGGAAGACUUUGAUGUGAAUCUGAUUCCAGAUGAUUAUGGGCUGCGGCAAUGUAGUUCCUCAACUAGUGAGGAUGAUGGUGAGAGUGACUGCGGGCAACAGAAGUUAACCAGGGCUCAGAGGAAGAGGCUUCGUAAGAAGAAGCUUAAGGAAGAAAAUUCCCGUCGAAGAGAAAUUAUUGGGCCAUUGUUACCUCCAUCAAACAACGAUAGCGGUGGGGAUGGUAGUGGAGCAGUCGAUGAAGACACUCCAGGUGCUCGAGAAAAUGCUGAUGACAGUCAUGGUAACCAAAGCAGCGGAAGCAAGGUAAAGCAGAGGAGGAUGGCGAAGAGGUUGGGAAGGGAAAGGUUGAAAUCUCAACGUGGUGAUGUGUAGAGGGAUUUUAGGAUCAUCAAAUGCUGGAGAAAGCGAUUGAAUCUUAUGUAACUCAACUGCUGGGAGAUUCAUUGGGUCCAUGAAAGGAAAAGCUACAUUGAGAGGGUGCUUAGUUUUUGUAAGUGCAGCAGAAGGUCGGUAAACAUUUGAUUGUUGAUUUGAUUUGAUUUUUUAUUUUAAUUAAAUUAUUAUUUUUUAGUUAAUUUAAAAUUUAAUAUUAUUAAUAUUUUUAUA